CGUUAACGUUAACGUUAUUCAAUCCUCUUCACUCUUUUAUUCUUCUUAAACCACUCAACUCCAUCUCAGUCAUCAUCUUCAUCGUGGCAACAUGGCCUUCUCCGAGUACCAGCAACUGAACGACAAGUUGCUCCUAGACUACAUAAAGGCCACACCUUCCCUCUCUUCCAAGCUCAAAGACCACCUCGACAACUUGACCAUCAAAGAAGUCGGCGAUGGCAAUCUCAAUUUCGUCUUCAUCGUCGUUGGUUCUCAUGGCUCUUUUGUCAUCAAGCAGGCUCUUCCAUACAUACGUUGUAUAGGUGAGUCAUGGCCGAAGACAAAGGAAAGAGCUUAUUUUGAGACAUUGGCACUGAGAGAGCAUGGUCGUUUGAGUCCUGAUCAUGUGCCUGAAGUUUAUCAUUUUGAUCGGACCAUGUCUUUGAUUGGCAUGCGCUAUUUGGAACCUCCCCAUAUUAUACUGCGAAAGGGACUGAUUGCUGGAAUGGAGUACCCUUUGCUUGCUGACCACAUGUCAGACUAUAUGGCAAGGACUCUGUUCUACACUUCUCUCCUUUAUCAUAAUACUACCGACCACAGGAAAGCUGUUGCUGAAUUUUGUGGAAAUGUGGAGUUAUGCAGGCACACCGAGCAAGUUGUUUUCUCUGACCCUUACAAAGUAUCUGAAUAUAACCACUGGAGUUCUCCUUAUCUUGAUUCUGAUGCUAAGGCUGUGCGAGAGGACAAUGCUUUGAAGCUUGAAGUUGCUGAGUUGAAAUCUUUGUUUUGUGAGAGAGCCCAAGCCCUAAUACAUGGAGAUCUUCACACUGGUUCUGUAAUGGUGACUCCUGAUUCAACUCAAGUUAUAGAUCCAGAAUUUGCAUUUUACGGACCAAUAGGUUUUGAUACUGGAGCUUUUCUGGGAAACUUGAUUUUGGCUUUCUUUGCACAAGAUGGGCAUGCUGAUGAACAAAAUGAUCGAAAAGCAUAUAAGGCUUGGAUUUUGAAGAUAAUUCAAAAUACAUGGAACUUUUUCCACAGAAAAUUUAUCGCACUAUGGGAUGAGAACAAAGAUGCUGGUGACGCGUACCUUCCUGCAAUUUAUAACAACUGUGAGCUUCAACAGCUUGUACAAGACAAAUAUAUUAAAGAAUUGCUUCAUGACACCCUUGGAUUUGGUGCUGCGAAAAUGAUAAGGAGAAUUGUUGGUGUGGCACAUGUCGAAGAUUUUGAAUCAAUCACUGAUGCUAGCAAGAGGGCGGGCUGUGAGCGACGGGCACUUGAGUUUGCAAAGCUGAUUCUUAAGGAGAGGAGAAAAUUUCAGAACAUUGAGGAAGUUGUUUCAGCCGUUCAGCAAAUCCAGUAAUGACUAAUGAUGGUUGAUACCAAUUGUUAUACCAAAUAAAAACAUGCUCUUUUAUGUUAUAUAUAGGAUUAAUUUCAGUUUACCUAUCUGAAGUUUGGGGGUAUCACCAUGUCACCCCAUGUACUCAUGUACUCUUAAUUUAAAUUUUUACCCCCCAAGCUUUCCGAUUUUAAUCUUCCGUGUCUAAUCUUUGAUGCUCCAUCUAAUUUGGACAUUAAAUCCGAUAAUGGGGCCCAUUUUGAGGGCUAAAAUGGUCAUUUCAUGACAGAAAAAAAAGAAAAAGAAAAAACCAUUCUCUCUCUCUCUCUCUCUCUCUCUCUCUCUCCUGCUCUGCGCAGCUAGUCCGAAGCCGCCUUGAAACUAAUAUUACCUCCGGACCAAUUCUUCUUUUGCUAGUCUCGAUCUCCUUCAUCUGAACCGGACCAUCAGGAUAACCCAUCAGCAGUACCCGGCUUGGAAUCGACCCACGAACUCCCAUUGUGGCAGCGCUGUGAUGGUGAACUCGGGUUUAGGGUCAGAUUGCUUGUAACAGUCAGAGCAAGGCUGGCAUUGGAGCCAAUUGACGUCACUGCCGGUAUCCAACACUAUGUAAAACUGCUUCGCUAGGUUGCCGACGGCGACGCGUGUGAAGUACUCGCUACUUCCGAAGCUGGUAUUGGAAGUAACCGGAGUGGACAAGUCCUCAGAUUGGAUCUCCGUUUGCAUGGGCUCCAGAUCCGCCAUGUUCACCCCUUGUAAAGCAAACUGGAGCUUGGUGUUGAGCGAGUCGACUCGGGCCAAGUCGCGGGAGAUGGGGGGAGGAUUUGGUUUUUCACUUUGGGAAAUUAGGGCUUCAAUUUUAGAUAGGAAGAUUGAAUUGCAAAGAAAGGACUGAGAGAGAUGGGGUGGAUGCAUACACAUCCGGCGGUGGUGGACGUUGGACUAGCUACGCAGAGUAGAAGGGAGAGAGAGGGAUUUGGAGAGGAGAGAGAAACCCCCGAAAGUGAGAGAGAGGAAGGAGAAAAGGUUUUUUUUUUCUUUUCUUCUGUCAUGAAAUGACCAUUUUAGCCCUCAAAAUGAGCCAUAUUAUUAGAUUUAACGUCCAAAUUGGACGGAGCAUCAAAGAUUGGACAUGGAAGAUUAAAAUCGGAAAGCUUGGGGGGUAAAAAUUUAAAAUUGAGAGUACAUGGGGUGACAUGAUAAUACCCCUAAACUUCAGGGGGUAAAUUGAAAUUAAUCUUUAUAUAUUCACUUUGCUAUGAUCUGUGAGUGCUUAUUUUUCCACUUGAUCACCCUCAUCUCCCUUGUCUUGAGCCAGAUUUUACAUUAUUUUAGAACAUAUUGGCAAAAACAACAGCUCUAGUGAGUUUGAGAGUGUGUUCUGGAGCAAGGGAGAUUGGAGGUUGAAGCAAAUUGUUGAAAUUUUUAGAUAGUGUUAAUCCAUAAUGAGUUGCGCAUUUUAUAUCUUAA